AUGGGGACGCUAAUCAUUGCUAGUUUUGCUUCAUUAGGUUGGUAUUGGGGAUAUGUGGUACAUAACGAAAGUCGAAAGGGAGUAUUUCCAGCCAACUAUAUUACCCUCAAGGAUUACGUCUUGGAAAAGCAAGGGGUUAUGGAAAAUAUAAUUCCCAAGGAAAAACCAUUAGUUAUAGAGACUGUCGAAAAAUUACGUGAAUACGGAGACAUUCUGAAAAUGCUUUACUUGAAUCGAGAUCAAAAGUUUUUAAAUUUGGUUGGAUUUAUGUACGAAUUGAUGGAAUAUCGUCAAAAGAUUAUUUAUGAUGAUGUUACACCUGAAUUGAUUCAUACUAUCACUGCUCAAAUAACCUAUUGGAAUAGAGUUUUAAAAUUAGACGUGACUUUACGAAAUGAGCGUGGUGAUCGCAUUGAAGAAGAUGAACUAACCGUGAUGGAAAUCUACGAAAAAGGAUUUAGGAAUGAGAACUCACAGAAUUAUUCCGACAUUUAUAAUCUUUUUGUCAAUUUUAAACAUGGUGUUCUUGAAGUAUUUGAUCAGUGUGAUGCUAUUUUAUCACUAUAUGAUGCAACAACAGAUAAUUUUAUUAGUGAAAGCAUGCAGAUUAGCUUAAAUGAAAAAGGAAUGCCGGUAGAUCUGGCGAAAGAUGUUGAAUACGAUGCAUUCUUUACGGACCUUGACGAUAAAGAUAUGAAUUCAAAACUGUUUUUGGUAUGUCAACUAGUACGAAUUGGAGCUAUGCACCCUAAAAGCAUCAGAGUUAGAGAUCAAAAUGAUCUAAAGUCUGUCUUAAGUCGGCAUAAAGAUCCCAAAACUUUUGGCUUGCGCCGACCUUAUGGUGUAGCCGUAUACGACUUAAAGAAUACAUUAACCGAAAAAAUUGACAACAACGAUGUACCGAUGCAUGUCGUCUGUUAUGAUAACGAAUCACUAUAUAGUACUAUCAAGAAAGCUAUUAAACAAUCGGCUGAGAAAAAAGGAGCAUCAGAGAGCGUAUGGGUAUCAUUGAAAUUACUGAGAGGCUAUCAUAAAGACUUGCGUAGAACUCAUCCACUAAUGAUUAAACAAAGUACCAAAAUAGUAGGCAAAUUUGGCUUUCCUGAAGUAAUUGUUCCUGGUGAUGAUCGUAACGACAUGUUUAUUAGUAUAGCAUCGGCGGAAUUAGAUAAAACCAAGAAAGGAAAACAGAAAAGCUUACAGUUAUUAGCGACUGUCGUUGGCGCUAAAGGAAAUGAUGUUUCGAAUGGCAUUAACAUGGGAAAAAAUGAGCAUGUUGCCACAUAUUCUUCUGUUGUUUACCACCAAGAGAAUUGUCCAGUCUGGAUGGAAACAUUUAAGCUUGGCGUAACUCCAGAAAAUUUUAAGAACCUUCAUAUCAUAUUUCGCUUUAGAAAUCGGCAUACUGGAGAAGCAAAAGUCUUAGGAUUACUGAAAUGGAAUGCGUCAACAAGUACGCUGAAGAGUACAACAAAAAUUCUGGAGAACUUUAUGGAUGCUGAAAAACCUGAAGUAGUUAAGUUUUUAGUGGCUAUACUUGAUGUAAUAUUCAAGAUCUUGUCUAAAUCGGAUCAGUCUGGGACAUUGCCUUAUAAAGCCCUGGUUUUUGUUCUAUGUACUAUUGAAGCUGAAAAAUUCAGAGGAUUCAAGAAAGUGUUUGAUUCAUUUAUCGAAAAUCAUUUUAAGGAGACAUCCGUGCAUUUAAAGCUGCUAAUUGACAUUAAGAAAGUUUUAACUAGCGGAGAACAGGGAGUUCCAGAUACGGUCAACGUUUUGCAACAAUUACUUCGCCUCGCUAUCAAAUCGGAAAAAUUGCAUGAAAGAACUCAGAAAGAUUCCGACGGUAUCAGGCAACGGUUCAUAACGAAAUUGAUUGAUGUGCUUUCGGCAAUCAAUAAUUUGAUGCCAAUCAAGUCUGAAUUCCUAUUGUCAUCGCAGGGGCCUAUCCUAAAUCAUGUAUACAACUUGGUGGAGUUGGUAUUAAGACCCAUAAUGUCUGUAGUCAGCAAAGCCGAUCCAUUUUCAAGUGUUCAUCUGAAUUACGCUACUCUAAUGAUUGCACUAUUUUCAUUGAUGGAAAAAGAUCACUUUAGCACUUAUUUCGCAUCUUUCCAUGAUGAUGAAGAUCUCAUUGACCUAUUAAACGAGAUUUAUACAACUUUUCUGGAUCUAAUUCGAAAACCGAUUUAUAAAUCUGAUUGGCACAUUAUGCUGAUGACUCAAAAUGCGAUAAUGUUAAAUGUAAUUCGUCAAUGUUUUACUGCUUUAACAAACUACUAUUUACACGACAAUGAAGGAAGACGCUUCAAUUACCAGAUAUCAAGAUAUGCGGCUCAUCCUAGGACUCCAAAUCGCAAGUGCUUGGAAAAAGUUGGCUUUCUCGUAUCAUUGAUUUGCUUCAUGUUAAUGGAUAUGCUAGGCAAAUUUAAAAUUAAUUUCAUUCCUGGAAUUGUUGGCCCGCUCUUAGAAGUUGCACUACUACCCAAUCAAGUAACAGCUUUUCAAUGUUUCAGAAUGACGCGCCUUUGCAAUAACAAUAUGACUAUUAGUCCAGCUUUGAGCUUUCCUUUUGUUCAGACAAUCACGUUGCUAAUUGAGAAACUAUUGGAUUAUCAUACUGUUCACAAUACGUACGAAAGUUUGCAUAGUCGUCUACAUUGUACCGUUAACCUUUUGAAUUUCUAUAAAGAUAUUCAGAAAGAUGAAAUGUACGUGCGCUACGUUUAUAAGCUAAGAGAUUUACAUCUUGAGGCAAAAAGUUAUAUUGAAGCUGGCUAUACUCUCCUGCUGCACGCUGAACUUCUCAAAGUAAUCCGAACGAAACCAUUCUUAAAUAAUAAAAUUUUAGAAAUUAUUUAUAAUUAUUAUUCGAACUUGCCAUUUAUAUUUAUUUCAUGUUUUACCGAUCAUAAUUGGGAGGAUGCCAUUGGUAUUUGCAAACGCCUGGUCGUCCGUUAUGAAACCGAAGAGUUCGACUACGAAAAAUUAAGCGCGAUACUGAACAAAACAUUUAUUUAUCGCGGUAGACCGUUAGAGCAAAUAAUUGACUUUCAGCAUAGGAUGCAACGUAUUUUUCCUGAUGCACAGGUUUUAAGCACCUUGGAUCUUCCAGAAAAAUCUAAGAUGGAUUCCGAUAAGCAAUAUCUUCAAAUCUGUAAAGCUGAUCCGGUUUGUGAUAUGGAUCGAUUUGCUGAUACGCAAGCCAGUGAACGUAUAAAAAGACCAUUCCAUAAAGGGAAAAAAGAAACAGAAAAUGAGUUCGCUAUUGAAAUUGAUCCUUUAGAGUAUGCAAUUGAAAGUGUGCAAAUGAAGGUGAUGGAAUUGAAAGAUGUCAUUGAAAGAGCGAAACAAAACCCGAAAGGUAAUAUCAACAACCUUGGGCUACAGUUAAAUGGAAUUCUUGAUGCUGCAGUAAAUGGAGGAAUUGCUCAAUAUGCGAAGGUUUUCUUUACAUUGAAAUACCUAACGGAUUACCCUGAAAGAGAAGCUUCCGUCAAUCACUUAAAGGAGCUUAUCCUUUAUCUAACCCGAGUAGCUGAAGAAGGAGUUGAAGUUCACGGAGAUUUUGUCAAGACUGGAGCACCAACUUUGCAGCCAUUACAUGAUAAGAUCACUAGUAACCUUGUAGAAUUCCAGGGAAAAGUCAACGAAUAUCAUAAGCCAUUAUAUUCAGUAAUUAAACGAAAAAAAGAGUCUCGCACAGCACGUCGUAUCGCUUCUAGCAAGUACCUCUCACACCGUCCCAGUAUUGUUCUGGAAAAAAAACCAAUUUCCUUAACACCUGGAGAUGGCAAUGAUAUACUUACAAAGAGCAAAAGAUCUCAAAGUGCUGGACAACUUUUUGAUGACCUACGAAAUGAUCUGGAUUCUAAUAAAUUAAGUGAUUCCAGCAGUUGGUAUGGCUAUCGUCGUGAUACCAUUGCUGACAGCCGCAGUAAUCCUGGAAGCCGAAAGUCUAGCCCAAGACAAUCACUGACCAAUGAGGAUCUGUUAAAAAAUAUCAUAGAUUAUUCUUCUUUGAAAGCGAAGCAAGAUGAUUUUAAUCAAGGACUAUCAGGUUUUGACCGAUUGACGACAGAGUUGAGAUUGUCAGCUUCAUCCGCAAGUGAUGUCGAUAAAGAUGAAAUGCCCAUACUACCGCCUAAAAAUACGUCUCUGCAAAUUUCUGACAGUAGUCCUGGUGCAAUACCUGCAAAACCGCCUAGAUACAGAUCGACUAGUCGAGACGGAUCGAGUGAGAAUUAUUUAUCAUCAUCACUGACAGAUUCAUCUCACGCUGGACCUUUAAAUGUCUCUCCUGCACUACCUAUAAAAACUGUCCCGGGACGCCAUAACACGAUUGACAGGAAAGCUAGUAAAGAUUCUUUUGACGAUUCGAAUCGAAGUUCCACCCCGGUUUCGGAUAAACGGCGCGAUAGUUUACCUCAGUUUAAGCCACCAACAGUUUCAUCAGAUGAAAGUAGUACGCCAAAGUCCGAGACUGUUGUCUAA